CAAAUCAUUUAAUCACUCAAAAAUAAGUAGAAUCAUGAAGAUGUUUAUAAUGUUAAUGGUGGCUACAAUUUUAUUUUGUAGUCUCCAUCAAGUGGUCAUGGCAAGAGAAGUAGUUGUGAACAUGAACGAUAACAUGAACGACUUAAUUCCAUGUUGGCCAAUCCAAUGGCCGUGGUGCCCGUCACCGCCCCAACCACCAACCCCAUCCCCUCCGCCCUCACCAACAAGUUGCUCGGCUAGUGACCAAGAAAAGAUAAAGACGUGCAUGUUUAACACAACUUCAAUUGAUGAAUGUUGUCCCAUAUUCAAGAGUACACUAGGGACUAGUUGCCCUUGCUAUAAUUAUGCUGACGGUUUGGAUAAUCAAGUCUUGAUCACUCUUGAUGCAUAUUGUGACAUCGAUAGCCCUUGCAAGAGUGUGCAAAGCUCGGCCCCUCCCGCCUUAAAAUCGAGCUGCCCGGUUAGUGACCAAGAAAAGUUGAAGAAGUGCUUUUUCGAAACAACUUUACUUGACGAUAGUUGUCCGAUAUUCAUGAGCAUAGUCAAUACUAAUUGCGCUUGCUAUAAGUAUGCUGAGGAUUUGGACGAUCAGAUCUUUCUCACUCUUAAUGCUUAUUGCGGUAUCUAUAAUGAUUGUGACGACGUGCAAGUGAUUAAGCUAUCCAAGGAGGAGUAAAAUUGAAAUGUUUAAUUAAGCUGCUUAAUUUCAUAUCUUGUACAAAAUAAUUUGAUGCUAAUUAGUAAUUACUCUUUAUAAGAGUACACUAAUUAAGUGUAAUGUUGGGUUUUAGUACUACUAAUAUAUUUGGCAUAUCUGUCAAAGUCUUAAUCUAUUAUUCUAUUGUUU